AUGGCAGGCCACAAUCGAGGACCGGAACUAGCUGCUGUUGGGUGCACUCUUCUAUUGUUCAGUUUUCUUGCAGUUUGCCUUCGAUUUUAUACGGUUUUGUAUAUCCUGAAAAGGCGUUUAUUUGCGGAGGAUUGGUUAUCGGUUUACACUUUGGUAAGAAAAAAGGGUUUUCGCAAAUUCUGUGGAUAUGAAACUCAUUUUGGCCUCCAGGUUGUUUACACCGCUUACACAAUAUUCGGACUUCUUGCAAUUAAGCAUGGGCUCGGAUCACACGUCGAUGAGGUACCAAUACCUUCACAAGAGAAAGCUCUCAUGUUUCUAUGGCUUGGGCAGGUCUUCUAUGUCGCUGUAGCAGUUCUGAUAAAAUUCGUCACGGGAGUUCUCCUUUUGCGAAUAUGCUUACAUGAAAGAUGGCAACGUAUUGCCAUAUGGAAUAUGCUGGCGUUGUUGGCAGUUUUUAAUUUUGCCUACAUAUUUAUCAUUAUUUUUCAAUGUCACCCAGUUCGAUUUUACUGGUCUAGGGAUAGGAUUAGUUCAUCUAAAGCCGAAGAACCUGGGUGGGGAGAUUGUCACAGUCGUAGACUUAUGACGAUUCCAACAUACAUCUCUUUUCUGUUGAACGUCUUCGCGGACUGGACAUUGGCCUUGCUACCAAUCUCUUUUGUAUGGAAUGCGAAAAUGGAUUGCAAGGACAAACUGUCAGUUGUGGGAUUGUUAGCAAUUGGAGUUUUGUUCGUCUUGUUCUCCCUCUAUUAAUCUCCAUCAGCUAACGUUUCUAACAGAGCUUCGAUAGCAACAGUAGCCCGUUUCCCUUACGCAAAGCAUCUCAAUUCCAGUGAUGAUUUCCUAUACAAUUUUACUUACAUCGCAUUAUGGAGCACCGUCGAAAUUGGACUUGGCAUAAUCGCCUCGUCUUGUGCAACCCUUCGACCACUCUUCCGAAAAACCAAACUCUUUCCUUCAAUGAUCUCCUCAAAGUCCGAAGGGUCUGGUGAAACCUCACCAGGUUUCAGAAAUUCGGGGAUGUUGGUACCUCAGAAAACUACAUAUGAUCCAUGGGUGCAAUUUGAGUUUGGAAUUGCGACGGAUGAUAGGACGCUGGCCUUGUCCAAGGAUGAGGAGAACGGAAUCCAGGAAGAACGAAAGGAAAUAGUGAAAGAUGGAGGUGGUGAUGUGCAUCCUAUGAACCAUAAGAAAAAUUACAAGUCUUCGAUAGGGGUGUCUCUAGAUCCCCCGGGGGGAAUGGUGGCUAUGGGCCAAUCAAUUAUCAGAGAGAUUAACAGCUCGUCCGUCCCGAAGUCAGUAUAA